AUGAGAAGAAAACACGGAUCACAGAAGGGACACAACUGGAUUGACGAAGAGCUCAGUCUGGUGUGCUAUCUUCGAAACAUCCGCCAUUGGCGCUUUACGCAAAUCCAGAAGACGAAUUUCCCAUCACUCUCCCGACACUCGGUCGGAGGAGCCUAUAGAAAUUUACCUCCAGAAGAGCGAACACGUCGGGCGCUCGCUGUUGCCUCUGUGAUUGCCGAUUGCCACCACACUACAGAGCACAACUCUCUACGUCAAGCUCAAGCCGCACUCCCCAGUCCGGAACAAGGGCCAAGUUAUCCCAGCUCAACAAACACCGAUGCAGUUUUGACCUCGACCGGCAACAACCAAGCCCGGUACAAUCUCCGACCAAACAGACCCUCAACCUUCACAGAUCAACAAUCACGAUAUGUGGUCGAUCGCAUCCGUUUUCCUCACUUCUUCGAAUCGUACAGCCAACAUCUGAAGCCCUACGAGCUACCAGACAGCGAAUACGUUCCUCCGUCGCAUACACCUAGCCCAAGGUCGUCAGAGCGUUCCCAAUCCGUUCAUUCCAGUCAACCAAGCAAGGCUUCGAGCCUGGAACUCUUUGGUCUCGAGCCAAGAUCUCCCGAAUUGUUCAGCUGCACACCUUCUGCCCUUUCGAUCCACUCGAGUGACACUUCAAGCGCUGAAUUCUUCAGCACCGAAGAGUCCCCUCAUCAGGAUGGAUUCGAAUAA